AGCUGACUAGGGCUCGUCACUAGUUAUCACAGUCAUAAACCCCGCCUGUUUCUAAAAUAUAUAUUCUUAAAAUGCGAUUAUAUACCAAACCGUAACCACACUUCUAACCAUACGCUUUUUUCUAACACUAAAUUAAGCCCCCAAAACACAUUUUUUUUAAAAUAACAUUUUACGACAUGGCCAAUUUUGACUUUGUGGCUGUGGUAACUAGCGGAAAACAAGAAAACAACUGAACAAGACAACAGUGCAACGUUAUGAGUGGAGAGGACUGGAAUAUGUGAACAUUGUACAGUGCUGGUGAUAUAUAACCCACCAUUGAAGAUGCCUGCGGUGUCCCGCGGGGCGAAGGACUUGUACCUCUCUACGAACCUGGGGGACCUCAACAAGAAAGCUGAAGUCAAGCCUGACAAAAUCAACACCAGGAGCUAUGUCCAGAGUGCCUGUAAGAUCUUCAAGGCUGCGGAGGAGUGUCGUCUGGAUGGUGACGAGGAGAAGGCCUAUGUUCUCUACAUGAAAUACCUGACGGUUUAUGAUCUAAUCAAGAAGAGGCCCGACUUCAAGCAGCAACAGGGGUUUUUCCUGUCUGUGCUGGGGCCCACCAGCUUUAAAAAGGCCAUAGAAGAAGCCGAGAAACUCUCUGAAAGCCUUAAACUCAGGUACGAGGAGGUCGAGGUUCGCAAAAAGCUUGAGGAGAAAGAGAGACAAGAGGAGAAGAAAAGGAGGGAGGAUAAGACGGAGAAAGAUGGCGGGAGGGCAUCUCCAAAAGCAGGACGAGAGAUCAAGAAGGUAAAAGAGCAGAAGGAGCUGAAAAAUGUAACUUCAAAAGCUGCGGUGUCAGCAGGAGGGAUCACAGCAGAGGGGUUGUUCAAGAUGAUGAGGGACCAGGCCAUUACGGUGAUUGUGAUGGACGCCCGCUGCCUCCGAGACUUCCAGGACUCACAGAUCCAGGUCCCCACCCAGACUGUCAUCAGUGUCCCAGAGGAGGCUAUCAACCCUGGCAUCACAGUGAACCAGAUUGAGGCCAAUCUACCUGAUGCGUCCAGAGAGACGUGGAAGAGACGGGGGUUCGUAGAUUACAUCAUCCUACUGGACUGGUUCAGCUCUGUUACGGACCUCAAACUGGGAAGCACCUUACAAAGCCUCAAAGAUGCUCUCUACAAGUGGGACAGUACCACUAUCCUGCGUAGUGAGCCCAUGGUUCUGGAGGGAGGCUAUGAGAGCUGGCUCCUCUUCUACCCCAUGUACACAUCCAACGCCAAAGUCAGACCGCCCCGAACACACAGCUACAGCACCCUCCCACAGCUGAACUUCAGCUACCCGUCACUGGAGGAGCCCAAACCUCCAACCCCUCCUCCCCCAGAGCCGGACCCUGAACCCCAGGCUCCCCCUGCCUCCCUGGGUAGCGUACAGGUGAACGGAGCCCCCCUGGAGGAUCUGACCCCCUCCACAUGGAUGGAGGCUGACGCCACAGACUCACCCCACACAGGGUUCACUCACCCUGGAGUAGACCACAGCAAGAAGGACCCUGGAGCCGGGCCAGGGACCCCCAGCCAGCCUGGAGGGACAGCCAAGCACAUCCCACAGAUCGACCGUACCAAGAAGCCAUCAGUCAGAGUCUCAGGCGGGUCUAAACCCCCCCUGGAUGCCCUCCCCAGGGACCUGCCUCCCUCCUCCCAGAAUGGCCCAUCUGUACCCCAACCCAACCGCUCGGUCAAACCGGCCUUUGACCCAGUGGUGCUGCUGACGGACGAGGAACGAGGUCAGAUCCACACAGAGACGGCUGCUCUGACGGAGAAGGCCCGGAGAGAGCAGGAACAACGCAAACAGGAACGCCGCACCGAGGAGGAGUGGAGAGAGAGGGAACGCCGGGAGAACGAAAAUGAGGAGAUGGAGAGGAGGAAAGAGGAAGAGAACAGGACUCAGGAGAGGAAGAGGUUGGAGAGACACAAGGCAGAGGAGGAGAAGGAGAACGGGGUUAGGGAAGAGCGAGAGAAGAGGGGGAAGGAGCAGAGGGAGGAUACGCCAACCAACGGUGAUUCUCUAGACUCGCCGGCUCCCAACCGUAUCGUCACUGAGAUUAAGCGGGAGCUCCUAACCAGAGCCAGAAGUGAAGAGAUGGGGAGGAGUGUACCAGGCCUGCCUGUUGGCUGGAUGAAGUUCUUGGAUACGGUAACCGGUACCUACCGUUACUACCAUUCCCCAACCAACCGGGUGCACCGCUACCCCCCUGAGGUCAGCGUGCCCCAGACGCCCCCCUCCACCCCUCCUACGGCCAAACAGAAGCAGUCCCGCCCCGCUGAGCCAGACCAGACCAUGGACCGUGACCAGGAGCAGUCCAAACUGAAACGCUCCUAUUCUUCUCCAGACAUCAGCCAGGACCUGAGGGAGGAGGGGCUAAAGAAGGUUACCGCCCCUAUAACGGCAGCCACGCGCCCAACCUUUAACAGGGAGACCAAACCGUCCACUGCUACCGUCUACACCAAGGUGGAGAUCGCCCGUCCGUCUGCGGCGAAGAUCCGCAACCUGAACCCUGUGUUCGGCGGUCUGGGCGCCUCGCUCACCGGCCUGCGUAACCUUGGUAACACCUGCUACAUGAACUCCAUCCUGCAGUGUCUCUGCAACACCCCGGCCAUGGUGGACUACUUCAACAAGAACCUCUACCAGGAGGAUAUCAACAGGGCAAAUAUCCUGGGUCACCGAGGCGAGGUAGCAGAGGAGUUUGGUGUGAUCAUGAAGGCUCUGUGGUCAGGCCUGUAUAAGUGUAUCAGCCCCCGCGACUUUAAGGUCACUAUAGGGAAGAUCAAUGAAUCCUUCUCUGGCCAGGAACAACAGGACUCCCAGGAGCUGCUGCUCUUCCUUAUGGACGGACUCCACGAGGACCUCAACAAGGCUGCUAACCGUAAGGGUCACAUAGAGGAGGAGAAUGACGACCUGGACGACCAGCGGGCUGCUGACCAGGCCUGGACCAAACACAAGCUGCUCAACGAGUCUGUCAUCGUAGCGCUGUUCCAGGGUCAGUUUAAGAGCACAGUUCAGUGUCUCACCUGCCACAGGAAGUCCCGCACCUUCGAGACCUUUAUGUACCUGACCCUGCCGCUGGCCUCCACCAACAAGUGUUCCCUGCAGGACUGUCUGAAGUUGUUUUCUAAGGAGGAGAAGAUGACCGACCAGAACAAGGUGUUCUGUCGACACUGUAAAGCUCUCAGAGACUCCGUCAAGAAACUGGAGAUCUGGAAGGUCCCGCCCAUCAUACUGGUUCACCUGAAACGGUUCUCCUACGAGGGCCGUUGGAAGCAGAAGCUGCAGACGACAGUGGACUUUCCUCUGGAGAACCUAGACCUCAGUCAGUAUGUCAUCGGACCCAGAGUCGGCCUCAAGAGAUACAACCUGUUUGGAGUGUCUAACCAUUAUGGCGGUCUGGAUGGGGGUCACUACACAGCCUACUGUAAGAACGCCAUGAAACAGCGCUGGUACAAGUUUGACGACCACGAGGUCUCCGAAAUCUCCACCUCCACCGUCAAGUCCUCCGCAGCGUACAUCUUCUUCUUCUCCUCCCUAUGAGGGCAGAGCUGCAACACUGCCAGGAGCUAUGAGGCAACAUAAAGGCUACAUAAAGGCUACAUAAAGGCUAGCUAACAUGCAAGCUGCUUUGACUCAGCUUCCUCUGCUGGUGGGAGAAAGGAACUGAACUGGCGAUGUUUUUGUUAACUGAACUGAACUGCCAGGGGCCACACUUGUGAACUUUUGCUUAGAGCAUGGUUUAAACCAUUAGUCUAAAAUGGCUGCUAGCUGUUUCUCUCAGGCCAACCUGGUCAAAUUAGCCACAACGCUAAUUAGCCACAACGCUAAUUAGCCACAACACUAAUUAGCCACCACGCUAA